AAAACCCAUGGGAUCUUGGCUUAGCUUAAAAACCUUGAAGAAAAAGGAAAGGGUAAAGUGAGGGAGUGUAUUGGAGGGAAGCAAGAUAAGAAGAGAGAGAAAGUGAACGGUUAAAAACCAAGUAAAUUCGAACAGUUUUAAGCUUUAGUUGAAGAAGAAAGGUGAGAAUUAAAGAAGAAUCUCAGAAACAAAUAACAAGAAAAAUAAGAAGAAGAACAAGAAGAGGAGAGAGAAAAUUAACCCCCAAAAGUUGAACAGCAAAACCUUUCGGAUUUCUUCCAUUUUCUCUCUUUCUCAAGAAUCGCCAUUAAUGUAAAGCUCGAGCUUCAACGACCAAGCAAACAUGUCGAAGAUGAAGCAUCUUUUACGGAAGCUCCACAUCGGUAACGACCAUCACAAUCGCCAUCACGCGGCAGCUCGCCGGAUACCUAACAAUCGAACGCAGGAGACGGAGACUUCAACGUCAACGGCGACGGCUACGCCGCCUUCUUCUACGUCAACGUCAUCUUCGCCGCCUUCGGUUUCGUCGCCGAGUGAUCGGACUUUGAGAGAAUCGACGGCGACUUCGACGACGGCGGAAAAUGUCAGCGGAAAUGUGAGCAGGAGAAAUCCUGCUGAUUUUAAUUCAAUUGAGGAAGACUUUCAGCUUCAAUUAGCUAUGGCGAUCAGCGCUUCGGAUCCCGAGACUCGAAACGACGACGAAUCCGACCAACAGAUCAUGGCUGCGAAACAAUUGAGUCUUGCUUGCUCUCCGUCGGUGCCUGAUAAUGAACGUCUUAGUGAAUUUGUGUCGCUGAAGUACUGGAACUACAAUGUUGUUCAAUACGAUGAGAAGGUAGUGGAUGGAUUUUAUGAUGUUUAUGCUAUCACUUCGAACUCAGCUGAACAAGGGGAAAUGCCUUUGCUGGUUGAUCUUCAAGCUAUUUCCAUUUUGAGUAAUGUUGAAUAUGAAGUUGUUUUGGUGAACCGGUCUGUUGAUGUUCAGUUGCAGCAACUUGAGAAUAAAGUGUAUGCUAUAUCAGUGGAAUCUAAGGUUUUGGAACGUGGGAUGUCUUUGAAUGAUUUGUUUCAGAGUUUAGCUAAUCUUGUUGUUAAUAGAAUGGGCGGUCCUGUUGCUAAUGCUGAAGAAAUUACGAGAAGGUGGCGAGUGAGAAGUAAUCAGUUGAGGGCUUCUCUCAACACCACUGUCCUUCCUCUUGGUUGUCUUGAUGUUGGGCUUUCACGCCAUCGUGCCUUACUUUUUAAGGUACUAGCUGAUAGAAUCAAUCUUCCAUGUAUGCUUGUGAAAGGGAGUUUGUGCACUGGCACUGAUGAGGGAGCUGUGAACUUGGUUAAAGGCGACGAUGGGAGUGAAUACAUAAUCGAUUUGAUGGGUGCUCCUGGGGCACUAAUUCCUUCCGAGGUACCUAGCAGCUUUCUGCUGAAUACUGCAGUAGAAGCAAGGGGAUUGUCUGAUAGUACUGCUGCUGUCAACAACUUAAAUUUGGUUUUUGACAAAGUGGUUGGGUUAGAUGAUAAUAUACGUAGUAUUGUUGAGGUUUCUGGAGCUUUUGACUCCAAUUUGAAAGAAGCAAAAUCCUUAAGGCAACAAGUAAAACAAGCAAAUGAGAUUGCUGUCAGAUCAGAUUUGAGUGAGAAAUCUGAUUACACUUUUGAGAAGCCUUUUAAAUCGGAAUACAGUUUGCAUGACUGCUCACCAAGUUCUGCUGAAGAAGCAUCACUGGCACAAGAAAAGAAAGUCAAGGAUGUUUCAAAAUAUGUAAUUAGUGCAGCAAAAGAUCCUGAAUUUGCACAGAAACUGCAUGCAGUUUUGUUAGAAAGUGGUGCUUCUCCUCCAGCAGAUUUGUUUGUGAAUAUGAGUCCUAGUAUUUUACGUGGAAAGACAUUGCUUGAACUAGUUCAACCAGUAAGACGAGAAUUCUUUUGCCUUGGAGAUUUUUAUAACCCAGAAAGUCAUAGACCAAGCAAUGAGAAGCCAAUCUUGUGCCAAUCUGGAGUACAGUCCUUGAAUGACUGUGAGAAGCGUGAACACGAUGUUGAUAAUGUAACACGACAACGUAUUGUGGAUGCAAAUGUUCCCUUUUCUUCUCAGCCUAAUGCCGAGAAUAUUUUUCUCGCUGUUAAUGAAUCUAACAAAGUGACAACUAGCGGUGCUACAGGUGAUCAAACUGGAUCAGGUGAUGAAUCCAGUGCUCAAUUGGAAACUACCAAGAGACUAUGUCGUCCUUGUGAUAGCCUGAAUGAGUGUGUUAGCCCCAUCUCCGCUGAGGGAGUCUGCCCUAUGCUCGGUGAGUUUGCAGAAUGGGAGAUACCAUGGGAGGAUCUCCAGGUCGGAGAAAGAAUUGGGAUAGGUUCCUAUGGUGAAGUAUACCGUGCAGAUUGGAAUGGCACUGAGGUCGCUGUUAAAAAGUUCUUAGUCCAAGACUUGACUGGUGAUGUGCUUGUUCAGUUUAAAUGUGAAGCAGAAAUGAUGAUAAGGUUGAGACAUCCUAAUGUUGUUCUCUUUAUGGGUGCGGUUACCCGACCUCCAAAUCUCUCAAUCCUUACGGAGUUUAUUCCCCGGGGAAGUUUGUACAGAUUGUUGCAUCGAUCUGGCUCUCAAAUUGAUGAAAAGAAACGGAUGAAAAUGGCUCUUGACGUGGCUAGGGGAAUGAAUUAUCUGCACACGAGUCAUCCUACUGUUGUCCAUCGAGAUUUGAAGUCACCCAAUCUUCUUGUCGAUAAAAACUGGGUUGUUAAGGUCUGUGAUUUUGGUCUAUCGCGCUUGAAGUACCACACUUAUUUGUCUUCAAACUCUACCGCAGGAACGCCUGAAUGGAUGGCGCCUGAAGUUUUAAGAAACGAGCCAUCCAAUGAAAAGUGUGAUGUUUACAGUUUUGGUGUAAUAUUGUGGGAAUUGGCUACAUUAUGUGUACCAUGGACUGGAUUAAACCCUAUGCAAGUUGUUGGAGCUGUUGGGUUUCAGAAUAGACGCCUUGUAAUCCCUGAAGAAGUAGAUCCAAUGCUCGCUCAGAUAAUACGGGGUUGUUGGGAAAACGAUCCUCGAAUGAGGCCCUCUUUCUCGCAGCUUAUACCUCGGCUUAAGGGUCUUCAUAGGCUGGUUGUACAGAAAGAUUAAAACAAGUGUGAUAUAUCGAUUGUGUUCAUAGUUAGGAUUUUUUUGCUAUGCUCGAAGAGCUGGAGUAACAGGAGCAGCCGUGUAAACUGGUAUUUUUGUUGCAAACAAACAAACAAACACACAGAACACUGGAUUGUUAGGUGCUGGUUCAUUCGAAGCGGGGACUCAGCACUACCAGUUCAGAAGUUCAAUCUUGAGAUCCAUGGACUUCCUCAAAAAAUUGGUCCGCUGUGCGAAGCGCAGUGGAGGUUGCCAUGGGGGUUAGCUGUUGUAGGAUUGCAAGUGUUAAUAUUAUUAUUAUAUUUAAAUGUGCAAGAAAAUUAUGACAAAAGAAAAAUCCAAAGUGUAUAAGUUUCAGUUGGGAAAAAAAAGGAAAAAAUAAAAAUAAAGUGAAUAAACCACAGUUUUGUGUCUUUUGUUUUUGGGGUAAUAUUUUUAUUUACAAGCCAUUGGAAUUGUAAACCGUUUAUGAAUUUGUUAUUGUGGAAUGUAAAGGGGAAAAAAGGGGACUGGGAAGGUUGUCUA